CUGAGCUCCGUUCUAGGGUUUCUCUCCAUAGUCUUCGUCUGUGACCUCGGCCGCUCUUUGGAUCUCUUUUGUUCCUGGCUUUUAGACUAGAACAGCAAUGGGGAAAGAGAAGGUUCACAUUAACAUUGUCGUGAUUGGCCAUGUCGACUCUGGCAAGUCGACCACCACUGGUCACCUUAUUUACAAGCUUGGAGGAAUCGACAAGCGUGUGAUUGAGAGGUUUGAGAAAGAAGCUGCUGAGAUGAACAAACGUUCAUUCAAGUAUGCUUGGGUGCUGGACAAGCUGAAGGCUGAACGUGAGCGUGGUAUUACUAUUGACAUUGCCUUGUGGAAGUUUGAGACCACCAAGUACUACUGCACUGUCAUUGAUGCUCCCGGGCAUCGUGAUUUCAUCAAGAACAUGAUUACUGGAACAUCUCAGGCUGAUUGUGCUGUCCUCAUCAUCGACUCCACCACUGGUGGUUUUGAAGCUGGAAUCUCCAAGGAUGGCCAGACCCGUGAGCAUGCUCUUCUUGCUUUCACUCUUGGUGUGAGACAGAUGAUCUGUUGCUGUAAUAAGAUGGAUGCCACUACUCCCAAGUACUCAAAGGCCAGGUACGAUGAAAUAGUGAAGGAGGUCUCCUCAUACCUCAAGAAGGUGGGUUACAACCCUGACAAGAUCCCAUUUGUGCCAAUCUCUGGAUUUGAGGGUGACAACAUGAUUGAGAGGUCCACCAACCUGGACUGGUACAAGGGCCCUACCCUCCUUGAAGCUCUGGACAUGGUCCAGGAGCCCAAGCGCCCGUCAGACAAGCCACUCCGCCUCCCCCUUCAGGACGUUUACAAGAUUGGUGGCAUUGGCACUGUCCCUGUUGGUCGGGUGGAGACUGGUAUUCUUAAACCUGGAAUGGUUGUCACCUUUGGACCCACUGGUCUCACAACUGAAGUCAAGUCUGUUGAAAUGCACCAUGAGUCUCUACCAGAGGCUCUUCCUGGUGACAAUGUUGGUUUUAAUGUUAAGAAUGUUGCUGUAAAGGAUCUCAAGCGUGGGUUUGUUGCCUCCAACUCCAAGGACGACCCAGCCAAAGAGGCAGCCAACUUCACUUCCCAGGUCAUCAUCAUGAACCAUCCAGGGCAAAUCGGCAAUGGUUAUGCACCAGUGUUGGAUUGCCACACCUCUCACAUUGCUGUCAAGUUUGCAGAGAUACAAACCAAGAUUGACAGGCGGUCUGGUAAGGAGCUGGAGAAGGAACCAAAGUUCCUCAAGAACGGUGAUGCUGGACUAGUGAAGAUGAUUCCAACUAAGCCUAUGGUGGUGGAGACCUUUGCCGAGUACCCACCUCUUGGUAGGUUCGCUGUCAGGGAUAUGAGGCAGACGGUGGCGGUCGGUGUCAUCAAGAGCGUGGAGAAGAAGGAUCCAUCAGGAGCCAAGGUGACCAAGUCUGCAGUUAAAAAGAAGUGAACCGAGGCCGGGUCUGCAUUGCUUCUCCUUCCAAGGGAUGUUAUCAGCAGUCAUAGUGUGGUUUGUUGUCGUCAUACUUGUGAGUCUGUCAGUAGCACCGUCUCUGGUCUCUGGUUGCAGAACUGGGUUCUUGAUAGGCGGUGGUGAAGCAGGGUCUGUCAAAUAGCAGUAAGUCCAGUCCUCUUAUAUAUAUAUAUAUUUAUAUUUAUGGUUCUCAGGUUUGGUUCAAAGACUGUUGGGAUCUCGUGUUGCUUAUGCGGGAGUGUGUUUAUAUCCAAGAGAGUACUUAUUGUCACAUUUGGAACUUUAUGAAUGUGUGUUCAGUAUGAAUAAAGUUUGAUCUAUCUGUGUGUCCUUUAUUCUUC